AUCCUUCCUCCCCUCCCUCCCAGCAUAUUCCUUCCUCCCCUCCCUUCCGACAUAAUCCUUCCUCCCUUCCCUCCCAGCAUAUUCCUUCCUCCCCUCCCACCAGACAUAUGUCUCCCUCCCCUUCCUCCCAACAUAUUCCUUCCUCUCCGCCUUCCCGACAUAUUCCUUCCUCCCCUCCCUCCCGACAUAAUGCCUCUUCUCAUCCUUCCCGAAAUACUCCUUGCUCACCUCCCUCUAAAACGACGUCCUUUUUCUUUCUAUCCUUCCCUCCUUCCAAACGCAACCACUCCUACCAAGCUGCUCCCGUCUGCCAACCUUCCGGAAUUGCUGGAAAAGCCCUUACCUCUCAAACCAACCCCUGCUCCUCUCCUCCCGUGUCUGUUUUGAAUUCGUCCCUGCUGCAUGGCUCGGAUGAAGGAAAACCAUCUGACAGCUCUCGGGUUGUGUCCAGACCGCGUUGCUUAGUGGAUUUUAUCCUCCGUAGGAAACCAAGAGAUUUGAGUUUAAAAUGAGUUAAUAAACAAUCUCAGUAAAA